CUGGGCCGGCGGGGCCCGAGCCGGGCCGGGCCAUGGCGAGCUCGGAGCGGAGCGCGCUGCUCACGUACCGCCUGUGCGGCGGCUCGGCCGAGGAGGAGCGGGGCCGGGAGCGCGGCCGGGCCGCCGCCGCCGCCCCCCGCAAGCUGCCCACAUUCUUGGGCGUUGUGGUGCCCACGCUGCUCUCCAUGUUCAGCGUCGUCCUCUUCCUGCGCCUCGGGUUUGUGGUGGGUCAUGCUGGGUUGUACCAGGCCCUGGCCAUGUUUGCAGUGGCAUAUUUCAUCAUUGGCAUGACGGUGCUGUCUGUGUGUGCCAUCGCCACCAAUGGAGCACUGGAUGCUGGAGGAGCCUACUAUAUGAUCAGCCGUGCCUUGGGCCCAGAGUUUGGGGGCAGCAUCGGGAUCAUGUUUUUUCUGGCCAAUGUGUGUGGCAGUGCCCUCUAUGUGCUGGGGCUGGUGGAGGCAGUGGUGGACAGCUUUGGGAUCCCUCCUGGGCAAGAAACGGGCUCAGGUGUCCACGUCCUGCCCCAGAGCUACUGGUACGAGCUGCUCUACGGCACUGUGCUGCUGGGACUCUGCCUCCUUGUGUGCCUCGUGGGUGCCUCCAUCUAUGCCAAGGCCACCUUCCUCAUCUUCCUCAUCGUCGCAGCUGUCCUGGGCACUAUCAUUGUCAGCUUCUUUGCCACACGGCCCCUGAAGGUGCCCAUCCGCCUGCCCAACGCCAAUGGCAGUGAGACUGAUAACGGCGUCUUCACCGGCUUCUCCCUUGAAACCCUGAGAGACAACCUGGGUGGUCGGUAUCAGGUGGACUACACCACUGGGCAGAUGAUGAGCUUCAGCUCCGUGUUUGCAGUGAUGUUCAACGGCUGCACUGGCAUCAUGGCAGGCUCCAACAUGUCAGGGGACCUGAAGCGCCCGAGCUACUCCAUCCCACGGGGCACCAUCUCUGCUGUGCUCUUCACCUACCUCGUCUACAACCUGUUGGCUUUCCUCAUGUGUGCCACCUGCAACAGGAUCCUCCUGCAGAAAGACUAUGGCUUCUUGCGUGACAUCAGUAUCUUCCCACCGCUGGUCACUGUGGGCAUCUAUGCUGCCACUCUCUCUGCAGCCAUGAGCAACCUCAUUGGGGCAUCCCGCAUCCUGUACGCUCUGGCCCGGGAUGAUCUCUUUGGCCGGGCACUGGCACUGGCCAAGAAGACAUCUGCUAGUGGAAACCCAGUGAUGGCAGUGAUCCUCUCCUGGCUGAUGGUGCAGGUUGUGCUCUUUUCUGGGAAGCUCAACACCAUCGCAAGUGUCGUGACAAUCUUCUUCCUCCUGGUUUAUGCCACUGUCAACCUGGCCUGCCUGGCACUGGAAUGGGCCUCAGCCCCCAACUUCAGGCCCACUUUCCGAUACUUCACCUGGCACACGUGCCUGCUGGGCAUCGCAGGCUGCUGUGUCAUGAUGUUCCUCAUCAGCCCUGUGUCAGCCUCAGCAAGCCUGGGCUUCCUCCUCCUCCUCCUCCUUGCCCUUCACUACCUCUCACCCAGCAGCACCUGGGGCUACAUCAGCCAGGCCCUCAUCUUUCAUCAGGUGCGGAAGUAUCUGCUGAUGCUGGAUGUGCGCAAGGACCACGUCAAGUUCUGGCGCCCGCAGAUGCUGCUGAUGGUGCAGAACCCGCGAGGCAGCGCCCGCCUCAUCGACUUUGUCAAUGACCUCAAGAAAAGCGGCCUCUAUGUCCUGGGCCAUGUGGAGCUGCAGGACUUGGACAUGCUGCCCUCGGACCCGCUGCAGCCCCAGCAGGACUCGUGGCUGAGCUUGGUGGACAAGCUGAAUGUCAAGGCCUUUGUCAGCCUCACCCUUGCACCCUCGGUGCGGCACGGUGUCCGGCAGCUCCUCUUCACCUCUGGCCUUGGCGGGAUGCGCCCCAACACCCUGGUGCUGGGUUUCUACGACGAUGAGGCACCGCAGGACGGUCUAGCCCGGCACCCCGCCUUCACCAAUGCCCGUGAGGAGGUGCCCCUGGGCUUCCCCCCGCUGCGGGCACCCACCGCUCCCAAACUGCUCUCACCCCGGGAGUACGUGGGCAUUGUGGCUGACGCCCUGAAGAUGCUUCGCAAUGUCCUGCUGGCCCGGCAGCUGGAGAGCCUGGACAAGGCCUGGGAGCUGCGGCGGGCCGCCAGCCCCCCACCCACCAUCCACGUCUGGCCCGUCAACCUGCUGCGGCCCGACAGCGCCCGCUACGCCGACACCUGCAGCCUGUUCCUGCUGCAGAUGGCCUGUGUCCUCAACAUGGCGCGGGCCUGGCGCCGGGCCCGCCUGCGCCUCUUCCUCUGCGUGGAGGCAGGCGCCAUGCCCCAUGCCCAGGAGGAGAAGCUGCGCCAGCUCCUCAAGGACUUGCGCAUCCAGGCCCAGAUCCAGCUGGUGCCCUGGGAUGCCAUCACCCACCUGCACUGGCAAACCUCCCAGAGACCUCCAGGUGGGCCAGCAGAGGAGGAGGAAGAGGAGGAAGGGGUUGUGAACUUCCCGACCAACACCACCCAAGUGUCAGAUGAGUACGUGUGUGCCGCCAACAAACUAGUCCUGGAGCAGAGCCCCGCGCCAGCCGUGCGCUUCCUGUACUUGCCGCGGCCACCAGCUGACACCAGCCUCUACCCGCUCUACCUGCACCAGCUGGAGCUGCUCACCCGCGGGCUGGGCCCCACCGUGCUGGUGCACGGGGUGAGUGCUGUCACCAGCACCCAGCUCUAGGUGACCCCCAGGUCCCCCCUGGCUCCCUGCACAUUCCUUUGCCCAGUGCCUUCAGCAGCCUGAGCCUGAGGAUGGCCCCAGUAUCUCCAUCCUGGUGGGCAAAGAGGGUACCCCGCAGGGAGAGGUGGUGCAGGCAGGGGAUUUGAUUUUCGGGGAUGUCUCCUGCAGAGGAUUAAAGCUGCCCUGGCAUUAUCCCAGCACAGCUCUGGGGCCAGACAGGCAGCACGGUGCAUUCACGGUGCCUUUUCUUUGGGGUAGGGCAUGGCAGGGUCCUGGGGAGGGGAAAGCACUGGGUGCCCCAGCUGGCUGCUGGGAGCCCGUAGUUUCACCCUGCAACCCCCUCUGUACUUCCUCCCCUGCCGCAGCCCCCAUCCUCUCCUCCGCCAGCUCCUCCGGGCACCCAGCCAGCUGCGGGGAUUGAUUAAAGGCAGCCUCGACCUUGGUGCCCCAGCUCCCCGCCAUCCUCCUGCCUUUCAUUAGGAAAAAUUAAAUGGGAAAGGCUGGGGGAGGGGAGCCUGGAGGCCUGGGCUCCCUGUGUGAGGCUGGGUGGGUGGGGGAAGCAGCCGGGUGCUGGCCCUAAUGGCUGCAGUGUAUGGCACCCUGGAUCUUGUUCAGUACCCCCAGUGCUGUUGGAUGGGGGCCAUCCCGAUGCUUUAAUCUGUAGUCCCUCCACCCCUAUGGGUGCUGAUCCCCUGGUCCUGGCAGGAGAUGGGGAGAUGAUUUGUGUGGUCCAUACCCACACGUCUGGGUCUCCUGAGCUGUUUCUUGGGGCAUGGUUAUUUCCCCACACACAUCAUGACCUGCAGGGGGGAAGCUGGCCUUGCCCCCUGCCCUCCCUUAUUGAUUAGAGGAGGGCAGGAAAUUGCCUGGGUGCUGGCCGAUAAAUCCAUCGGGUGCCUGUGUUGUGGGCAGUGUGCCCAGUGCUGCCUGAUGGAUUGCUUCCUAUUAGCCCCAGCACAGGGGGCUGCUCCUGGCCAGGCUGGGCUCCAUCAGGGUGACAAGUGUGGCACUGCUGCCUGUGCCUGCUCUCACCAAACCUGGCACUGCUGGCUGGCAGCUCUGCUCAGGCAGAGGGCUGGAAAAAUCCAGGUGAUUGGGUGCAACUGGAGGGAAAUAUGGUGGAGACCCACAUUUUGCAGUGUGCCCUGGGUGAGGAGGAGGGGCUGGGGCUGGAGCUGGCUUUGCUUCCUGCUGCAGGAGCUGGAUCCCCUGGGGUAGGCACCACGCAUCCCGUGGGAUUUAUUUACAAACAGUUGGAAGCUGGCACAGGGCAGCCUGGCACCAGCGGGACCCGGAGGCCUAUAAUGUUAAUUAUCACCACGUAAUUAAAAGCCCAUAAAAAGCC